CCCGCGCGCCCCCGGCAGCCGCCGCCGUCCGCUGCUGGGGAGGACCCCGCCGGGCGCCUGCGAGCCGGAGUUUUACUGUCGCCUCGCCCUCUCCCCCCCUGCACCGCUUGGAUUACUUGGCUGCUCCUGCUCCGUGAUCCCGCCGCAAUGGAGAAAUCCACGGCAAUAUUAAUCCAAGGAGGUGCUUUGGGGACAGUUGGCAGUACAAUGGCUUCUCAGUACCUCGUAGUGGCUCUGGCCGUUUUCUUCUCUUUUACCCAGGUUGUAAUAGAAGCCAGCUCUUGGUGGUCUUUAGGGAUGAAUCCUAUGAACCCCAUGAACCCUGUGCAGAUGUCAGAGGUAUAUAUAAUAGGAGCCCAGCCUCUAUGUAGCCAGCUAGCAGGGCUUUCCCAAGGACAGAAGAAACUCUGCCAAUUGUAUCAGGACCAUAUGCAGUUCAUUGGAGAGGGUGCAAAGACGGGCAUUAAGGAGUGCCAGUAUCAGUUCAGACAUAGAAGAUGGAAUUGCAGCACUGUGGACAACAACUCUGUUUUUGGCAGAGUCAUGCAGAUAGGCAGCCGGGAGACGGCCUUCACCUACGCGGUGAGCGCGGCCGGGGUGGUCAACGCCAUGAGCCGGGCCUGCCGCGAGGGCGAGCUCUCCUCCUGCGGCUGCAGCCGGGCGGCCCGGCCCAAGGAUCUGCCCCGGGACUGGCUUUGGGGCGGCUGCGGCGACAACAUCGAGUACGGGUACCGCUUCGCCAAGGAGUUCGUGGACGCCCGGGAGCGCGAGCGGGUCUACCAGAGGGGCUCCUACGAGAGCGCCCGCAUCAUGAUGAACCUGCACAACAACGAGGCCGGGAGGCGGACUGUGUACAACCUGGCCGACGUGGCCUGCAAGUGCCACGGCGUCUCGGGGUCCUGCAGCCUGAAGACCUGUUGGUUGCAGCUUGCCGAUUUCCGCAAGGUGGGCGAUGCCCUGAAGGAGAAGUACGACAGCGCCGCCGCCAUGAAACUCAACAGCCGGGGCAAGCUGGUGCAAGUGAACAGCCGCUUCAACGCGCCCACCAUCCAUGACCUGGUCUACAUCGACCCCAGCCCCGACUACUGCGUGCGCAACGAGAGCACCGGCUCCCUGGGCACCCAGGGCCGCCUUUGCAAUAAGACCUCGGAGGGCAUGGACGGCUGCGAACUCAUGUGCUGCGGCCGGGGCUACGACCAGUUCAAGACGGUGCAGCGCGAGCGCUGCCACUGCAAGUUCCACUGGUGCUGCUACGUGAAAUGCAAGUUGUGCACGGAGAUCGUGGACCAAUUUGUGUGCAAAUAGGGGAGGGGCGAGGUGGGAGGAACUGCUGCCGCUUGCCAGCAAGGGGGUGCAGGCCCCUCUCCCCUUCCGCAGGACUAUCUCCACUUUAUUUAUAGAGUCCAAGGAGUUGUCGUCUUCUUUCUUUCUUUCUUUUUUUUUUUUUUUAUGGGGGGUGGGGGAAAGGAAAAAGAAAAAAAAAAGAGAGAAAAAAAAGAAAAAUAUAAAGGUUGCAAAGAGAAGUGCCUGGAACCCUCUCUGCAUCCAUCCCAGAACUCUGUGGCUUAUAUUUUUGGCAAUAAUGGGGGAGAACCUGAGAAUAUUUAUUUUACAAAAUAAAAAAAUCUGACUUUUCUUAAAAACAAUAGAGUAGUUUGAGGGGAAAAUCCAGCAUAUCCUAAUUUAGUCUCAUGGGACAUAAUACAUGUACAGUAGGCAAAGAAACCAUGUAAUGUGCUUGGGAUGAUAAAACAAUUCAUAUGGAUGUGAGGAUCACGCAGAUCUGUGCACAACUUCUGGCUGCGGACACUAGGAGUUAACAGAAUAGGGCAUAAAAAGCUGUUCAGUACAUUUAGGCCUCUGUAAAUAAGGGGUGGUAUAUUCACAAGGUUCAUCACGAAGUGCAGUGUCAAUCAUGUAUCUGAAUGUGCCCACUUAAGUACACAAUAUUGUCCAAAGGUAAAGCGUGUAGGAUCGUAAAGGCUUCAGCUGUGCUAGUCGUGAUUCAUUGGGUUUGGUUCCACAACCUAGCAAAAAAAAAAAAAAAAAAAAAAAUCUACCCUGCUACCCUGACAGAUACUAAAGGUGUAUUUCAAGGCAGAAUUUGUCCUGAUUAGGUUUUCAACUAGUUGUGAUGUUUGCACAUCUUGUGCUACAGAGCACUGAAAGCAAAUGAGGUCUCGGUUGCAGUGGUGCCCCGUAGCCUGGCUGGGGAGGAAUCGCACGCUGCCGAUGGUGACAUUGCGUGCCUGCAAACAGUUUCACUCUACCAGCCUGGAAAGCCCAUAGCAAAUAAAAUCCCUAAAUCUGAAAAUGCCUUAAAAAUGGUGUGAUAGUUGGCUACCUUUUGAAACACAGCUUGACAAAUAACUCCUCUAAUUUUAUGAGAAAAUAAAUCAUUAGCUAUUCACUCUUGGGAUGAUUGAUUCCUUUUUUUUUUUUUCCUGCAGAUUUUGGGAAUGCUUUCACUCAAGGAGACAAUAGUUUCAUAUUUUAAUAACAUUAAGUGGCUGUUAUAGUUCAAUGAGAUGUUGCAGCAAUACCAAAUUUAUCAUCCUAUGUCUUUAAUACACAUGCUUUGGAUAAUAUAUUGCAGAUAUACACUACAACUGUUCAGACUAUACUUGAGCAGUUUCAUAUAUAUGGGAAAACUGUGGUCUGCUGGUGUCUGAUAUUUCAAAGCUUUUUGUACAUAUAUAUUUUAAUGAUUUAAAAAUAAUAAAACUUCUAAAUUACAGGGGCAGUUCAUUCCCCAUUUUCUUUUUCAGAUCUCUUCAGGUUUUUAGAUUGAUUUAGCCUUUGUGGUGUUUUUAAUUUUUUUAAUUUAAAAAGAAAACUUUUAUAAUUGAAAGGUUUUAAGGAUAAUCACAAAGAAGCAUGCCUCUUCCAGCCUUAGGACUUUCUUGGGUUGUUUUUGGAGGCAGUACCCUGCACUCGACUUGCUACCGAUUUGGAGAUCACUUAUGUUUCACUUCCAUGUGAGGGCAUUAUUGAUUAUUGCUGAAAGGAGACACCUUAAAUCUAAAAUGUGCUGCAUUCGGCCCUUGGUUUUCAUUGUUUGUAAUGAAAAUUGUUAUUUGUUGAACAGUAUGUGUUCUCCCUCCACCUCCUCCCCCUGGUGCUGCGUAUUUGUGCAGCAUUUGGUCGUUGGUUCAGAUGCCUCUUUCCAACUCACACCCAUCCAAUACGUUAAAGAAAUUGGUUUUACAGAUAUCAAAUGAAGAAAAUCUCUCACUUUAGCCUAGUUGUACUAACGCCUUAACUUUUCACGAGCCUAUAAGCUGUAUCAUAAAGUUCAUCUGAUCAUUUAUCAGCUUCUUAAAUGGCGCUUUAUUGCUCUUAAUUUAUUGUACAAGGACAUAUUUACCCCUCAAUUUCAGAUGUUUGCAAAGAAUAUCUUUAAAGUAAGAAAAAUAAAUAAAGCACUAAUUCAUUGAAUAUGUCACUUUUGGUUUUUAUUAUGCAAAAACCAUGGUCAUUUUUUUCAUUUGUUCCUUUUUAGUGACUUGUGUCUGAGCAGAACUGAAGCUAAUGAUCCCAGAACUGAAGCUAUUAAAACGCUAUUUAAUGUAAAAUAUUUUACUUGUCAUUCAGAUAUGUAAAUCUUCUAUGUCCUUUCCUCUGUUCUGUACAUUUAAUGUACAUAUUUCUGUCUUGCGUGAUUUGUAUAUUUCACUUUUUUUUUUUUUUUUUUUUAAGAAAAAAAAAAGAAAG